GCGCGUGGGACGGCAAAGUCAAAAUGGUGUGCAGAAGCCCAUCAGCGCGGUCACGAGAGGGGCCAUCUGGCGUCGCGUGCUGCGGUUGGAGCCGAGUCACGAUGCACGGGGCUGACGACAUGCCAUGCGAACUGCUGCAUCGGCGGGCCGGGGUAGCUGUCAGAAUAAAGCGCGACCUGCGAUCUGCGUGCGCCAUUGCGUGAACCUGCAAGACCGAAAGCAGUGCACCGUCUGGCAGCCGAUGAUCGGCGCGGCGGCGAGGCGACUGCCUCUGGCACUUCACGAUGCCGCUGCCCCUCCGCUAGCUGCGUCACCUCGUCUCCUCUGCCGGCACACUGCGCGUCUUGCACGCCCUGCACGCCCACCGUCCGCCCUCUGCGCCCCCGCCUGCUGCUGCUCGCUGCCCACCGCGCUCGCCGCCCGCACCACCGCCGGCCGUCGCACGCAGACGCUCACUCCGCACACCGAUCAGCCGCGCAUGCCCGCGCUGCUCUCACACGCAGCGAGUGGCAGAGCACCGAGUGGCAGCGCACCGCGCCGCCGUCCCAGCCAGCCCGCAGUGCCGUCCAGCGCGCCGUUCAAUGGUCUGCCCGCCGGAGCCGUGAGCGGGGCACCACAGCACGUCCAAGCGCCGUCUGCACUCGCGCCUCCGUCCUCCAGCACGUCCGCCGUCCAGCUCCGCGUAAGUGCCCCGCCGCCGCCCCUGCCCGGCGCGUCCCCGUCCAGGCCCGUCCAGCGCCCCGCGUCGCCAGCAAGGGCGCCCGCCGCGCGGGGCCUGAGCGUCGUCGGCACACCUGCUAACGCCGACUAG